AUGAAUAUGUUGGAUGAUGAAGAUGACCAAAGCUUUCACGCUACGCGUGACGGCUACUCCCAUUUGAGCGAUGUCGAAUGGGAUGCGGUUGAACGAAUGGGUUCGACCAUGGGCAUCCAUGCUGUUAGCGUCAUGCUAGAGGCUCUCAAUAGAGAUGCCCAACAUGCUACUAUCGCCAAGUUCAUUCAAAAUGAACUUGACGCAGAACGCGAGAAAGUAGCCUUGCUUCACCAACAAGGUUCUCAACAAGCAGAGUUGUUGAGAGAACAAGGUGCUCAACAGUUUGAACUGUUGAGACAGCAGCAGGCUGCUGCUGGCGGGUCGAUGCACUCGCGUCGGCCUGAGACUUUGAAGAUUGACAUCUCAAAGGCGCGUCGCAUCGACGACGGGGAUAUGCAAGUUGCAUUUGCCCAGUCAAAUCUGGCAGGACGUGCCAAGACUUGGGCACUGGGGCUCAAGCUGCACGACCCAUAUGCGUUUGGGUCGUUGGAAGUCUUCAAGUCGCGGCUCAGACAAACGUUUGAACCGCCUAGAGCUGAGUUCAGAGCUCGAACCGAACUCUUGAAGCUCAAGCAGGGUAAGCGUGAUGUGCACGCUUACGCUCAACAUAUACGACAUCUCACGAGUUGUAUAAGUUCCAAUCCGGUGGAUGAACACACGUUGGUUUCGGUGUUCAUGCAGGGUCUUGCGGAUGGUCCCGUCAAGACUCACCUGUUCCGGCUUGAACUAGAUUCACUAGAACAAGCCAUUUCAAUUGCGGAGCAGGAAGACUUCAGUCUGAGACAGGGUCGCGCAGCUCGACAUCAUAGCGUACACAGAGACGAUAUAACAGCGGAGGUCCAGAGCCGAUGGAACUCUGUUAUGUAG